AUGUCUCAAACCUACUUCGACGUCGAAUAUUCCGGCAAGACCGGUCGUAUCAUCUUCAACCUCUACGAUGAUGCUGUCCCCAAGACUGCCAAAAACUUCCGUGAGCUCUGCACCGGGCAGAACGGAUACGGCUACGCUGGCUCCGGUUUCCACCGUGUGAUCCCCCAGUUCAUGCUCCAGGGUGGUGACUUCACCAAACACAACGGCACUGGUGGCAAGUCCAUCUACGGUGACAAGUUCGAGGAUGAGAACUUCACCAAGAAGCACACCCGCCCUGGUCUUCUCUCCAUGGCCAACGCUGGUCCCAACACCAACGGCUCCCAGUUCUUCGUCACCACCGUUGUCACCUCUUGGCUCGAUGGCAAGCACGUCGUCUUCGGCGAGGUUGCCGACGACAACUCCUUCAAAGUUGUCAAGGAGAUCGAGGCCCUCGGCUCCGGCUCCGGCAAGCCCAAGAGCCCCAUCCAGAUCGUCGCUGCUGGUACCCUCUAA